AUGACAAAUGAAGUCAAUCAGUCUCUUGGUAAAAAUAAACCUUCAUCUCCAUCUUCAGCUUCCUCAUCUUCUUCUAUUAAAACUGUUCCCUCAACUGCAAGGAGAAGAAAUAGGCCAACAAAGGUUUGUGAUUUUUGUAGGCGAAGAAAAGUCAAAUGUGAUCUAGGCAAUCCUUGUUCUACAUGCGUGAAAUAUGGAAAUAAACCAUGUCGUUCGUAUGAACUGGCUCACCAUGCUAAUAAUGAACCGCUUGAUUGCUCUCGAGUCACUGGUGAUUCAUUAACAAAUCCAUAUCAUACUCACAACGAUGGUUCAAGAUAUUCUUCUGGAUUAAUAGUGCAAGAGCAGUUGCUCUAUCUUCAGGAGAGAGUUAUGUCAUUAGAAGACACGUUAAAAGAUAGAGGGAAACAAGAGGAGUAUCUGAAUAACAAUCUUGCUAUACCACUACUGUCAGCAACAGCUAAUCCAUCUCAAUCGUCAGCCAAAUAUGGUUCGUGUAUGAAGUAUAACUAUAACGAAGAGUAUACAAGUUUAAAAGGUGUUAAUCCAAUCGCAUCUUCUAAUGAUAUGAUUAAUUUUUAUGAAGGUUACACAUCUGUAAUGGGUCAUGAUGAUGUAAGACGUACGAAUUCUGGCCCACUAUCCUGGAUUACACUCAUCAGGACCGACUCAAUAGGUCAUCAAAUAUGGAAUUUUGUUCAGCUAAUUAAGAGUGAUAAAUCUCUAAUAUUUUUCGCGAACUUAAAACCUCAAAGUUUGGAUCUUCACUUCACACAAAGAGAUUCCAUAGAAGAAGGAUUCCAAGAUGUUGAACCUUUCAGUAGUAAUGCUACUUUAGAACGGAACAUAAAUGUUAAUGAGAGUGUCAAUACUACUAGCAAUACAUAUAAUGAAACAAAGGCUAAAAGCUUGGGGAUAUCGUUCUUUGAAGGUGGGUUCUCACAAGAAAUGGCCCUUGCAGAAAGGAUUCAAUUGGUCAUGCCCAAGAGGAAAGUAAUGUGGCUCCUUUAUAAGCGAUACUUCAGCAAUUUAUACACAGCAAUCCCUUUAUGUGAUGAAGUAGAAUUCGAAGAAAAAAUCCUUAAAUUAAUUGAAUAUGAAAAUACCAAUGAUGAUGACAUCAGAGUUAAAAUUAGAAUUGAUAAGAAAUUAGAUUUUGCUACUUUGGGUCUACUUUUGAUCGUUCUAAGGUUAAGCUAUUUAACAUUAUUUACUAGUAUGGCAUCUAUCAACAACAAUUUAGAGACAGAUGAUCAAUCAAAUAGAGCUCAAGAAAUGAAAUAUUUAUUAAAUAAUCCAAUAGAUCUAGACUGUAUUGAUAUUGCUCAGAUGUGUUUGAAUCAAUUCGACUUAACUAGUUGCAUAAAUAUAGAGAUUCUUCAGUUAGCAUUAUACACCCGUGUUUACCAUUGUUAUGCACCUGAAGAUGGUGAUGGUUCUGAUGGAGGUGAUGCUUUAGUAUAUAAUGCUAUGUUGGUUAAGAUGGCUGUCUCUUUGGGAUUGAACAGAGAUCCAGAUAAUUACCCUGAUCAAUAUAACGAUCAAAAGAUUAAUAAUUUGAGGAGGAAAAUAUGGUAUGUCAUUCUAAUGUUCGAUGUUAACAAUGCAAUGUCAGUAGGAACACAUAUAAAUGUUGAUCCUAACAGCUUUGAUACCAAACCUCCUUUUUACAUUCCCGGAAAUGAAAAUUGCAUAGAUGUGAUAGCGGAGAAGCAAAGUAUUGCUGGGUUUGUUGGUUUUGGAGUUCUAUUCAAUCCUUUGAGUGAUUUAAUGAAAAUAAUUACAAAUAUUCGAAAUAAGGUAAAGCUAAGUGAAUUGGCAGAUAAAUUAUCUGAUAUUGAAAGAAUAUUUUCUCAUGAAACAGAAAGUUAUACACUAUCUAUUACACAUAAUGCUAUAUUCAAACAGGAUCAAAGUUGUGUUCAAGCACUACACAUGCGAUUUCAUUUCACAGCCAAUUUCUUCAUGGUUUCUAUUUUCUUCCACAUUUUUAAUUAUUAUCAAAGAAAGGGUAAUUCUGAAUUAGCUUAUUUUUACUUGAAAAAGAUAGUUGUUAUUACGGUACGUGAUUUAAUGCCUUUGCAGUUUUUAUUCCUUCACAGAAGUGAGACAAUGUUUAAGAACUCGACUGAUUUAAUAAUUACCCCCGCAUUUGAAAUGGUGACUCAUAAAAGUAUUAUUGUUUUAACUACUUUGUUCAUGAGAUUGAAAUUGGCUAUUUAUGAUCUAGAAAAUUACUAUAGGCAUAAUUUCAAAUUGAUUAUUGAUGAAAAAUAUAAGACUUAUUAUGAAAGUUUGAAGAGAGUCCAUAUAUUGACUGAAAAAUCUAUUAAUAUUUUUCGUGAAAACAUUGCUAAAUUGAGUCACAGAUAUUAUUAUGCCUGGAGGAUUACAAAAGUGCAAAAGUUUUUAUCAACUUUGUUAUCAACAAAGGAAAGCACAAUACAAUUCAAACUAUCGUCAGCUCAAACGGGCAUAGUUUUUACAGGUGAAAUGUUGCUGGAGUUAGGUAAUAUUUUUGAAAGCUCGUUAAAAUCAAUUAGAGAAUAUAAAAAGUCAAGUAAUGAAACAAGUGCUAAUGUCGGUGAACUCAAAGAUUCAAUUAGGAGUGAUGUUGAUGUACAAGUUCAUUCCGAUGAUCUUCGUUCAAGUGUAAAUAUCAAUGAUACUCCGAUUGAGGCCGUUCCGAAUUCAAGUUAUUGUAAGAACAUUGAAUCGAUUACAGAAUCAGUUGACGCUGGCUCUUUUCUGGGUAAUAUAGAAGCAUUUAUGCCAGAUGAGCAAAUUGAUACAAUUUGGAUGCACAUGAAGUCAAUAAAAAAAAGCUUCAACAAAAGCAGAGCCAAUACCAAUAAUAUUGAGGUUCCUACUACCUGUAUCUCUCCUACAUUCCUCUCUACCCAACCUAUUAAUAGUUCCACUUCUUCUGUUGAACAGAACUCUACAUAUUUGUUUAAUUUACUUGAUGAGCUAAAUAUGGGUUAUGAUUAA